AUGGCAAUUUUCGUGGUUCUCGGGCUGUUGGCUGCCCUCUAUGCUGUGGGAGCGUUGAAGGAUAAAGAAUGCCUAAUGCUGCCACUUAUCACCCUGCAGAUCGUACUUUGUGCGUUUCUGGGUCUAUUUAUCAUUAUAUGGUGGAUAGGAACAGUUUUGUCGCUGUUCGAUUUGGUGCACUAUAGCAGCCCUACAGCUUAUUUGACGACAAAAGAAUUCUUUCUACUCGCUGGAGUUCUCCUUCUCAUCCUAUUUUUUAUAGCAUAUCAAAUCUCCCGGAUAUUAUACAAGGGAAUGAGAAGCGUUGAAUUGAAUUCAUACUUUAAACAACACGCUGGAGCAAUAAUGACGCGAUCCCUUUCUUUGAGCACCGGAAAACCGACUGAAUUA